UCGGAACGGCACAAAUACGUUUUGUGUCGAUGUAUAAAAAUAAACUCAAAUAGAUUCAAUAAAUUGUAUAAAAAAAUCUUGAAUUUGGUCGAAUUUAGAUUGGGAUCAAAAUGAACGAAAUUACAGUCAAUGGACGAAUUAAUUUUUCAAAUUGAAUGAAUGGUGGUUGAGUUAAUUCAUUGGACUGGUGAACUAUUACUUACCUGACUAUUGACGUGCGUGCACUUUAUUGUGUGUUUAUUUUUGCCUCUUUUUACCGAUUUUUGUUUCCCUCACUUUUAGUCUACAAAAAAAAAUUCCUGGCAUGAAGAGAAAUACCAGAAGAAUCGUGAUUUAUCGUUAUUUUUGUUGAAAUAUUAAUAUACGUCAAGGAAAAUUGUGUUAUUGUGCUACGGUGGUGUAACGCCGCGGAAGAAUGAUUGUGUGCUAUUCGGAAUUAUCCGUUAUGGUGCUGUAAUAAGCAAAAUAUUAAUUGAGUCAUGUUUAUGAAUAAAGAAAAUGCUCCACAUUUUGUGCGAUGUUGCGUGAUCAAAUCGUGAAUGAUUAGCACCUUGAAUGUAAAGGAAAAAAGAGAAAGAAAAUGAAUAAAUUCUCAAAAAAAAAUCAAUUUGUCCAUCCAAAAUAAAAAUAAAAAAAUCAUAAAUUAGUGCAUCCAACACUGACUGCAGUUCGAAACUAAAAAUCUGAUAUUCUCAAGCCGAAUGUGUUUGGGAUUAUUAUUAAUACGGAUAACAUUUCAUAAUUCAAACGUCACAACGGAUUAAUGCACAUCAACUUUAAACCACCAACCAAGCGCAGAGUGUUGACAUCAUAAAAAAUUGUGUACAUAAACUUGUAAACUAUCCAACCACAUGCAGCUUUAAUAAAAACAACAAAAAAAAAGCAGAAAUGAGGGAAAUAAGUACUAACUCCGCUAGGAUAUUCAAUUGAUGUACUUCGAAAGAAAUAAAAUUAAUAAAAAAAAAGUUCUGGCACAUAAAACAGUGACGAGACAAAAAAAACCAACAACUACACCCUCACCAUAUAGGCUAUAUAAUAUCCUACACUCAGCCGAAUUGACAAAAAUAAAAUAAUAUAAAAAAAGAAGAAAAAGUUUAAUGAAAAUAAUUUAAAUUUCCAUUCAUGCGUACUAAUAUAACAGCGAAACAAACAACAGAAAAAAAGUGAUGGAAAAAAUAUCUACCAGUGAAUAUGUGAAACGUUUAUUAUGCUGAGUUUUGUGCCGAGAUUUUUAUGACACAAACGUGUUUGGAUUGUAUUUAUGUGAAUUUCAUCCAAUGUUUUGUGUACCAUAACAUACACGAGUGUUUUCAUCUCUCUGAAAGUAUAAAUAGGUACACAUAAGUGUAUAUUUUUUUUUAUCCAAGCCCGUAGUCAUUGGAGGGUGUGAUAUGAAAAAUAAAACCAACAAAAGCUCUGAAUUACAUAACGGGUUCAUAUACCUAUGUAUUGAUGUGAAUAGGAAUAAAACAACGACUUCGAAAUACAACAGCCCCUUACGUCACACAGCCGUGUUCGUGUUAGCGGCAUAUAACAGCAGAAAAAAAUCUAUUACAGAUUGAGAAAAAGAAACUUUAAUUUUGCCGUUGAAUUGUAGUUUGAAGACUCACUUCUGCUGACUAUCUCUUUCACACUCUGUGUGUGUGUGUCUUGUGUGUGAACAUCAGAAACCAUAUACCCCGGCUCUACACAAGAUACAAAAAAAGCAAAGAAAGAAUUACAAACAUAAUAACAUUGCAUGUUGCAAAUAUGGGUUUUGAUAAGCUUUUAUGUUUCGAAACGAACAAAGUGUACUUAUGAGUAGUUAUGUGAAUCAAAUCCAAACGCAGAUAAUUAAAGCAACGAUGGAGGUAUCUCUGUGGUUAUUACUGUAUAUCAUGUCAUUGCUGAGAUACAUUACCACAGGACAUGAACAAUAUGGCGAAGGUUUUCGAACCGAUGGCGGAGUACAAAGGGUACUGGUAAAUGGGUCAGCACAAAUAAAAUGUGAUGUCUCAUCCAAUAUACCGAACGAUCAAGUGCUGCUCGUUGUUUGGUAUAAAAAUAAUCUUCCAAUAUACAGUUAUGACACACGCGGAGCGCAUGCUGGCACACCGUCACAUUGGCGCGAGGAAGAGGUGUUAGAGGAUCGUGCCAUAUUUCGCACCAUACGUGAACCGGCGGAAUUAAUAAUUUCUCCCGUAUUAGAAAAGGACGUGGGGAACUUUAGAUGUAGAGUUGAUUUUAAGUUAACUCCAACUAGAAACAGUAACAUAAACUUAGAAGUAGUCGUACCACCCCAUCCACCAAAAAUUUUCAACGAUCGGGGUGAACAUAUCCAGUCACGUGCAGGUCCAUAUGAAGAAGGUGGUGAUUUGCAUUUAGUUUGUGUGGUUACCGGAGGAUCUCCCCCACCCACAAUAACAUGGUCAAAUAAUGGACAAAUUUUAUCCAGUACAAUGGCCGACUAUUCACCGCCAUCUACACUGAACAGCAAGCUAAUCGUACGAAAUCUGUCAAGAAUCCAUCAGCAUGCCUUAUACACAUGUCAAGCUAGCAAUUUCCAUAAAAAGGGUGUUUCGACAAACAUAACAAUUGAACUGUUUUUGCGCCCGCUCUCUGUGGAAAUUGUAUUUAGCAGUCAACCGCUAUCCGCUGACCGUGGAUACGACAUCGAAUGUAUGGCAAUUGGAUCGAGACCAGCGUCGAAAAUCACCUGGUGGAUGGGAGGAAUUGAAUUAUCUGGACAUACACAAACGGUGUCAGCAGAUGGGAAUAUUAGUACAUCUACAUUACAUUUUACACCCACAAGGCAAGAUAAUGGGAAAACACUUGUUUGUCGUGCUACAAACGAGCUAGUCAAAAGAGGAAUGAAGGAAGCAUCCAUGAAGUUAAAUGUUUGCUUUGUACCAACGUUACUGCUUGAUCUUGGUUCAAAUUUAAAUCCGGAAGACAUUGAGGAAGGAGAUGAUGUCUACUUUGAAUGUAAAGUACAUGCAAAUCCAGCUGCAUAUAAAGUUAUCUGGAAACACAAUGGACAAACUGUACAGCAUAAUCAAAAGACCGGGAUUAUUGUUAGCAGCGGAGAUUUAGCUUUGCAAGGUGUAACGCGACAUCAAGCAGGAAAUUAUACGUGUAUUGCCUCAAAUGUGGAGGGUGAUGGUGAGAGCAAUACCGUUGAACUGAAAGUAAUGUACAAACCAAUGUGUCGACCGGAUCAGAAGCGAAUCUAUGGUGUUGCACGAAAUGAAGCGGCUGAAAUUUUAUGCGAAGUUGAUGCAUUCCCACCACCCGACGUAUUCAAAUGGUCCUUCAAUAACACAGCCGAAAUGAUCGACAUGCCAUCAACUGAUUUUGUCAAACAAUCAUUACGUGCAUCGAAAUUGACGUACACUCCAACCAAGGAAAUGGACUUUGGUACAAUAAUGUGCUGGGCUGACAAUGUGGUUGGCCAGCAGAAAGAACCAUGUGUAUUUCAUUUAAUUGCUGCUGGAAAACCUGAUUCACCAUACAAUUGCAGUUUGGUUAACCAGACAUCCGAUUCUUUGGAAGUUGACUGCACAGAAGGUUUUGAUGGAGGAGGCCAAGGCCAAAUUUUCAUAAUGGAAACAUUCGAUCAACAUACUGGUGUGUUACAAGCAAAUGUUUCAUCGAAAUAUCCAAUAUUUAAUGUGGGCGGUCUAGAUGCUGGCAAACUGUUAAAAAUUUUAAUUUAUGCUGCUAAUGCUAAAGGAAAGAGCGAAGCGGUGGCGUUAGAAGCAUAUACGUUAAAAGUUGCAGAAAAACAAACAGGGACGCACAAUCAAUUCGAGUUAACACCGAUAUUAUCAGUUGGGAUAUUUAUCGGUGUGUUAACAGCAUUAAUAUGUAUUGCGCUCGGUACAAUUGCAGCAAUAAAAAUUCGUACGGCCCAACAUCGACGACAACAACAUCAAAAAGGAAAACCCAAUAAUAUAUCACGUCCAGGGAAUUUACCAAUUAAAGAGAAAAUCUCAUUACCAUUAAGUCAAUCAGAAGAAAUGUAUGAUGAAAAGAAUCCAGAUGUUGUACCGUAUAAUGAAGAUCCUGAUUAUAAAUUGAAAUCAGCAGCUCAAACGCCUGCUACACUUCAUAAUUCACGCUCAAAUGACCUAGAAGUAUUUGGACGACCAGUAGAUGAUAGGAAAACGUACUUAAAUGCGCAAACUGAUGAGCUCCAUUACGCAGAGCUCUCAAUAACAAUGCCAAGGAAUAAUGUAGUUACGAGUGAUACAAGCAAUUUGUCAGCUAAAAAACCGCCAGCAUACGACUAUUUUGAUGAACCAACAAUAUAUGCUCAAAUAGACCAUUAUAAAACAAUAUCGUCGACGGGCGGCGGCGGUGGUGGUGGUACACCGUCGUCCCAGCCACCGUCGGUCAUUUCACCAUCAUCCACAAUAUCCACAUCAUUACAAUAUCCAUCGAAACCAUUUUCGAGAGAAAUAGUCACCAUACGAACACCGUUAAUAUAUACACAACAGGAAAGCUGUGUUUAAUGGUAAAUCUGUGAGUUUUUUUUUAUUAUUAAUCAAUUUAUUUUGUUACAUUUUUAUGU